CUCGGCUCUCUUCGGCUCCUCUCGGCUCCCCUCGGCUCUCCUCGGCCCCCCUCGGCUCCAGUCUGCUCAGUUCUGCUCAGCUCCUCUCCGUCCGGAGCAACAUGCAGGAUGGCGAGUGUGGAGACAGCCGCCGAACACGAGCGUAUCCUACGGGAGAUCGAGAGCACCGACACCAACUGUAUCGGCCCGACCCUCCGGUCGGUGUACGACGGUCAGGAACAUGGCCUCUUCAUGGAGAAGCUGGACGCUCGGAUCAGGAACCACGACCGGGAGAUCGAGAAGAUGUGUAACCAUCACUUCCAGGGCUUCGUGGACUCCAUCACGGAGCUGCUCAAAGUGCGAGGGGAGGCGCAGAAACUCAAGAGUCAGGUGACGGAGACAAACCGGCGUCUUCAGGAUGACGGAAAAGAACUCAUCGGCUCCAUGGAGGAGCUGCAGCAGUGUCGGGUCCAGCAGAGGAACAUCGCCACCACCAUCGACAAACUGACGCACUGUCUGCCAGUCCUGGAGAUGUACAGCAGACUGCAGGAGCAGAUGAGGGCCAAGAGGUACUACCCAGCUCUGCGGACGUUGGAGCAGCUGGAGCACACGUGUCUCCCCCGCGCCGGUCAGUACCGGUUCUGCUCCAUCAUGGCGGAAAACAUCCCCAAACUGAGGACGCAGAUCAGAGACACGGCCAUGACGCAGCUCAGAGACUUCCUGGAGAGCAUCCGGAAACACUCGGACAAGAUCGGAGAGACCGCCAUGAAACAGGCCCAGCUGCAGCGCUCCCUGGACAGCUCCGUCUCCAUGCAGCCCAGGGCUCUGAUUGGCCGACGCAGCAGAAAGGAGAUGGCGGCGAUGGUGACGGAAAGCGAUGGACACGGAGGCAGCCCGGUGUCGGAACAGGACUCUGGGAUUCUGGAUGUGGAGGAUGAAGAGGAGGAGGAGGAGGAUGAAGUUCCAGGAGCUCAUGACCUGGUGGACUUCUCUCCAGUGUACCGCUGUCUUCAUAUCUACACUGUGCUGGGUUUGCGUGAUGUGUUUGAGAACUACUACAGAAAGCAGAGGAGGAAACAGGCCCGCCUCGUGCUGCAGCCGCACUCUAACAUGCAUGAAACCCUGGAGGGAUACAGGCGGUACUUCAAUCAGAUUGUUGGCUUCUUCGUGGUGGAGGAUCACGUCCUUCACACCACGCAGGGCUUGGUGAACAGAGCGUACGUGGAGGAGCUCUGGGAGUUGGCGUUGUCUAAAAUCAUCGCGGCCUUGAGGACACACUCUUCGUACUGUGACAACCCGGACCUGGUGCUGGACCUGAAGAACCUCAUUGUCCUGUUUGCUGACACACUGCAGGGUUACGGUUUCCCCGUGUCCCAGCUGUUCGACAUGCUCCUGGAGAUGAGGGAGCAGUACGGAGAAAUCCUGCUCAAGAAGUGGAACCUCACCUUCAGGCAGGUGUUGGAUCAAGACAACUUCAGUCCUAUUCCUGUCACGACAGAGCAGGAGUUCAGACACUACAGCGCCCAGUUCCCCCUUCAAGACCCCGAACUGGAAAAGCUUCCUUUCCCCAAGAAGCUUCCUUUCUCCGAGUUUGUGCCAAAAGUCUACAGCCAGCUCAAAGAGUUCAUCUACGCCUGCCUGAAGUACUCUGAAGACCUGCACCUCAGCUCCACGGAGGUCGACGAUAUGAUCCGCAAGUCCACCAACCUGCUGCUGACCAGGACCCUCAGCAACUGUCUGCAGUACGCCAUCAAGAAGAAGAAUGUGGGGCUGGCGGAGUUGGUGCAGGUGAUUAUAAACACCACCCACCUGGAGCAGAGCUGCCACUUCCUGGAGGAGUUCAUUUCAAACAUCACAAACGUCCCGCCUGACACGGCCAACGCCACCAAGCUGUACGGGACCUCCACCUUCAAGGACGCCCGUCAUGCAGCUGAAGCUGAGAUCUACACUAGUCUGAACGCAAAGAUCGAUCAGUUCCUGCAGCUGGCUGAUUACGAUUGGAUGGCCACGUUGCAGGGAGGCGGGGCUCAGGACACCAGCGACUACCUGAUUGAUCUGAUCGCCUUCCUGAGGAGCACCUUCAGCGUCUUCACCAACCUGCCUGGUAAAGUGGCUCAGACGGCGUGCAUGUCAGCCUGUAAACACAUCUCCACCUCCCUGAUGCAGCUGCUGCUGGACCCUGAGGUCCGACAGAUCUCGAUGGGAGCUCUGCAGCAGCUCUACACCGACGUCAAGGAGUGUGAGAGUUUUGCCAGAGCCGGCCCGGUCGCAGGCUUCCAGGGUGACACGUUGCUUCUGGCCUUCAGUGACUUGAGACAAUUACUGGACCUGUUCACACAGUGGGAUUGGUCGACCUACCUGGCUGACUACGGCAAACCCACCUGCAAGUACCUGCGAGUGAACCCCCACACUGCACUGGCCCUGCUGGAGAAGAUGAAGGAGACGAGCAGGAAGAACAACAUGUUCGCCCAGUUCAGGAAGACGGACCGAGACCGACAGAAACUCAUCGACACCAUCAUCAAGCAGCUACGCAACCUCAUCGCACAGCACCACAGCUAGAGCGAGCCUCCUUCCUCCUUCCUCCAACCAGUCUGAUGCACAACGUACUUCACUUAUCUCUUUAACCUCACAACCUUUGCUUGAUCUAUGCACCUUAACUCCACUGGUCUUCCCCGAACCACAUCCAGCACCUGUAGGUCAUCUCUUACUCCCUGAAUAACCACAGUUAGUUAAUUUACGCUGCUUUUCCCAAAUAACUGCUCGAACUCCUUCACAUGUUUUGACGACUACACUAUUAGAUAUCAGGCCUCACCUUGGUGAUACACAGAAGAUGUCCCCGUUUGGAUCUUGUCUGCGUUACUGCUCUGAAACGUUUGUUCAAGAUGCAAUACGUUCCUAAUUUUGGCACGGACUGCUCUUCAGAUCUUCCCCUUCAAAAUAAAAGACUUCUUCCUGGUAUUAUUACUCUUACCUUUACAACAACCAUUUUUUUUGAAGAAUUAAAACAUAAAAUAAUUUACACUUUACAAUUACAAUGUAUUCUACUAAAUCUCAGACUUUAUUCAGAGAAUUUUGUGACUUAAUUUUCAUAAAUCUAAAAUUUUCUUUUCUAGUAAAAUCUCGUAUAUUUACUAGAAUAAAAUCUCAUAGAAUUUUGAUUUUAUUCUUGUAAAUUUGUGACUUUAUUACUUAAAAUUCUGUAUUAAAUCCCACAAAUGUACGAAUUUAUUCUCUUAAUUUAAUGACUUUAUUAUCAGAUAUUUAAGACUUAAUUUCUAUAAAAUAAGACUUCAGAUCUUCCCCUUCAAAAUAAAAGACUUUAUCGCGGCAGUAUUACUCUUACCUUUACAACGAUUUUUCUGUUUUGAAGAAUUAAAACAUCAAAUUAUUUACACUUUUAAAAUGACAAUGUAUUCUAGUAAAUUUAAGACUUUAUUUACAGAAUUUUUUGACUUAAUUUUCAUAAAUCUAAAUUUUUCUUUUCUAGUAAAAUCUCGUAAAUUUACAUGAAUAAAAUCUCAUAAAAAUCUGAUUUUAUUCACGUAAAUUUGUGACUUUAUAACUUAAAAUUGCUAAUUAAAUCCCACAAAUGUACAAAUUUAUUCUCUUAAUUUUAUGACUUAAUUUCUAUAAAAUAAAACUUCAGAUCUUCCCCUUCAAAAUAAAAUACUUUAUCCUGGUAGUAUUACUCUUACCUUAACAACAAUUUAUUUUUUUAGAAGAAUUAAACCAUCAAAUUAUUUACACUUUUAAAAUUACAAUAUAUUCCACUAAAUUUAAGACUUUAUUCAUAGAAUUUUUUUUUUUACUUAGUUUUCAUAAAUCAAAAAUUUUGUUUUCCAGUAAAAUCUCGUAAUUAUACUAGAAUAAAAUCUCGUAAAAAUCUGAUUUUGUUCACGUAAAUUUACAAGAUUUUAUUACUUAAAAUAACGAAUUAAAUCCCACAAAUAUGCAAAUUUAUUCUCUUAACUUUAUGACUUUAUUAUCAGAAAUUUACAACUUAAUUUCUAUGAAAUAAAACUUGAGAUCUUCCCCUUCAAAAUAAAAUACUUUAUCCCGGUAGUAUUACUCUUACCUUAACAACAAUUUAUUUUUUUGAAGAAUUAAACCAUCAAAUUAUUUACACUUUUAAAAUUACAAUGUAUUCUAGUAAAUUUAAGUCUUUAUUCACAGAUUUUUUUGACUUAAUUUCCAUAAAUCUAAAUUUUCUUUUCUAGUAAAAUCUCAUAAAUUUACUAGAAUAAAGUCUCAUAAAAAUCAGAUUUUAUUCACGUAAAUUUAUAACCUUAUUACUUAAAAUUCUGAAUUAAAUCCCACAAAUAUACAAAUUUGUUCUCCUAAUUUUAUGACUUUGUUAUCAGAAACUUACGACUUAAUUUCUAUAAAAUAAAACUUAAGUAAAUCUCGUAAAUUUCCUACUUUAUUCUUGUAAACUGCGACUUUUUUGUUCAACCCUUGCAACUUUAUAUUCAUUACCAACUUAUAAUCAUUUAUUUUUAUUGCCAAUUUUUGUGUAUUUUGCCCUUAUGCUCACCGCCAUGUUGCUUAAUUGCCAAACUUGUGCUACAUGUCAAGAGAAACUAAGGGGGCGGAGCUUCAACAUGCUCAGAUGUGACAGGAGUUUUUUUCUGAUUGAGAAGCAUCGUCCCUUUUUUUUUGGAACACUAUAUUUUUGUUCCUGUCCUCUUCAGUGUCUUCCAUACUCCCCUCCUCACUGCUGCACAAUAACAGAGCGUAUUGAAUGUACAUCACACAGGGCCGUAGUGUUUGGAAACUUCAGCUUGCAAAGCACUGAAAUCAGGAUCAGGUAUGGUUAGAAAAUUUGACUACAUUAUAACUUGUUGUCUGAUAAAGGGGGAUACUCAUCCAACAUGGCAACCCUUUGCCCUCUUAAUAAACAACCUGUUAACACUUGAAUGGGCCUCGCUAUUUAACUCUGCAACUUAACCCCACCCUCUUACAUACACCGUGUUGGACCUUUUUUUAAAAAGGGGGAUGUUGUCCAAACAUGGCAACCCAAUCCUCCUUUUCCAUUAAAUCAUUACAGAACGGAGGGAUGACGUUGCCUGAGCGUUUUCUACUCUUCAUGCUUAAAUAACUGGGUCUUAAAGGGGGGGUUAGCGCCCCCGAUCUGGCAACCGAGAAGUGUUAUUUGCUCGGUUGUCUGCAGAGGAACUUUGUUUGUAUUGAAAUUGUCGUACUAAUGAAAGCACACACACUUUUACGUCUUCCUUAAAGUACCAGCUGUGUGUGUGUGUGUGUGUGUGUGUGUGUGUGUGUGUUAGUUUAGUUAAAGCACAGCACGUAAUUAAUUACACUUACACUAGAUUCUUUUUGACUAACAUGGGUCUCUUUGUUUUCCUGCUUCUUCUUGAACUUGGGUGCAAUAACAAUGGAAACUGCAGCAUUUUGUGUGUGUGUGUGUGUGCGCAUGUGUGUGUGUGUGUGUGUGUUAUCCAUGGCGCUUUACAAAGGGAUUAAAAACCUACAGUGUGUGUGUUUGUGAAUGUGUGUGCAUGAGGAGGUUAUUCAAGCCUUCCUCUUCUGUCCAGUUGCCAUGUUUGAUUUAUUGAGCGAUAUAUUUCUGAGAUUCUGUUCAUGUGUGCACGUUAGCACUGUGAAAUCAAGUGUGUGUGUUUAUGCUGGUGUAUGUGUAUGUGUGUGUGUGUGUGUGUGUGUGGGUAUAUUUCCAUCCCUCCUUAGCUGUGUAUUAUUUAGAGGUGUUUGUAAGGGAACCGGGGCCGUCGUUAUUGAAUGUGCCUUUGCUGUAUUAUGUGUUUUUUUCCUGCCAAUAAAGCGACAAAUCUGCUGAGUUUGGAGUCUGGACACUGUUUACUGAACAUUAAUGUUAAAUUUAGUCUUCUAGAGUGAAAACAAAACAUUUAAAGUCCAUUUUUUUAGAGGGUUUUUUCAUCAAUUUACUCCUAUAUUUCAAUAUCCGGUUAUGGCCAAGUAAUAGCUUGUCAUUUCUGCAUUUUUGUAUAGCCUAGAACGUCAUCAUAAUUCAUGUUGAGCCUCUCUCGUUGUAUUUCUUCCCCCUGAGUUCAAAGUGUUACUGAGUCAGUGUCCAGAGUCCUCUCCCUGCAGAUGUCGUCGCUGGUAUGUUUUGUAUUUUGUAAGCAGAGAUCUUUACUGAGACAGAAGCACUGUUCACGCUGUUGUAUUAAACCACUAAUGGAUAAAUCUAAAGUUAAAAUACUAAUAAAGUUGCAACAAAUGCAAACAGACAAACAUGGAAUAAACAGAGAACUGCUGAGAACA